UACACACAAACGCGUACAAAACGAUCGGCACGAUCGUGCGGCCGUCGCCAAUUGACUUCACGCCGAAGUCAGAAGGAAAAAUUUUUUGAAAUUUAAAUUCAGUUGCUCGCGGAAGGGCCAUCCAGACGGUUGGAUAAAUGGAUCGGCUCCAAUAAAAAAAGUGAAAAGUGAAUAAAAAAAAUAAGUGAAAAGUUAAAAAUAUUGUGCUGUAAAAAAUAUAUAAAAAGUGAAAUUGCAUAAGAGCAAGUAAAGCAGGAAAACGAAUUAAAGAGAGGACUUCCGCUUAGCGGUGCUUGUGUGUGUGUGUAUUGGUGCAACCGUCUCACCAAAAGGAUUAAUUUAGCAACGACAAUUAAACGAUUAUACACUGAACUGUAAUAUGGCGCAGCCACAUUGGUGGCGUAGCGGCGGCAGCGUGGGUGUGGCACUUUUCUGUUCACUGCUCAUCGCUUGCUGUGGCAGCCUGGUAUUGGCCGAACUCACACCACCGUAUUUCAAUUUGGCUACAGGACGUCAGGUUUACGCGUCGGCCACAUGUGGUGUGGGCACUGAUGGACCGGAAUUGUAUUGUAAAUUGGUGGGCGCUAAUACGGAGAAUGACCACAUCGAUUAUUCGGUUAUUCAAGGACAGGUUUGUGACUAUUGUGAUCCCAGUAUACCCGAAAAGAAUCACGCCGCCGAGUACGCUAUUGAUGGCACCGAGGCAUGGUGGCAGAGUCCUCCACUCUCCCGUGGCAUGAAAUACAAUGAAGUCAAUCUGACUAUCGAUUUCGGACAGGAAUUCCAUGUCGCCUAUCUUUUCAUUCGUAUGGGCAACUCGCCACGUCCUGGUCUAUGGACAUUGGAGAAGUCUACCGAUUACGGUAAGACAUGGUCACCAUGGAUGCAUUUCUCCGACUCCGUGCACGAUUGUAUCACCUACUUCGGUAAGGACUCCUACAAGCCAAUCACACGUGAUGACGAUGUCAUCUGCUCAACUGAGUUUUCGCGUAUUGUGCCACUGGAAAACGGUGAAAUACCAGUCAUGUUGCUCAAUGAUCGCCCCUCGGCUUCGAACUAUUUCAAUUCAACAGUGUUGCAAGAAUGGACACGUGCAACAAAUGUGCGCAUACGCUUGCUACGUACGAAGAAUUUACUUGGUCAUUUGAUGUCAGUAGCAAGACAGGAUCCGACAGUUACGCGUCGUUACUUCUACUCCAUCAAAGAUAUCUCGAUUGGUGGCCGUUGUAUGUGUAAUGGUCACGCAGACACUUGCGAUGUUAAAGACCCGAAAAGUCCAGUUCGUAUAUUGGCGUGUCGCUGCCAGCAUCGCACUUGCGGCAUACAGUGUAAUGAAUGUUGCCCGGGCUUCGAACAGAAGAAAUGGCGCCAAAACACCAAUGCACGUCCUUUCGAAUGCGAACCUUGCAACUGCCACGGGCAUACCCAUGAAUGCGAUUACGACGAGGAGAUCGAUCGUAAAGGCUUAUCACUGGAUAUUCACGGACGCUACGAUGGUGGUGGCGUUUGUAAGAAUUGUCAACACAAUACGGAGGGCAUUAAUUGCAACAAAUGUAAGGGCAAAUUCUAUCGUCCGUUCAACAAAUUCUGGAACGAGACCGACGUCUGUCAACCUUGCAAUUGUGACGACGUUUACUAUACCGGCCACUGUGAGGAGGGCACAGGUCGCUGCGAAUGCCGUAAGGCGUUCCAACCACCAAACUGUGACUCCUGCGCUUAUGGUUACUAUGGCUAUCCGAACUGUCGGGAGUGCGAGUGUAACUUGAAUGGUACCGAUGGCUAUCACUGUGAGGCGAUCAAUGGAGAAUGCCCGUGCAAGAUCAAUUUCGCUGGGCAUUAUUGUAAACAGUGCGCUGAAGGUUUUUAUGCCUUCCCGGAGUGUAAAGCUUGCCAAUGCAACAAGAUUGGCUCAAUCAGUAACGACUGCGAUGUGGAAAGUGGUCAGUGCAAAUGUCUGAGCAGCUUUGGCGGAGAACGAUGUGCGCAUUGCAAGGACGGCUACUACAAUUAUCCCAAGUGUCAAUAUUGCGAUUGCGACAUACAAGGCACACAAGCGGAAAUCUGUAACAAAGAGUCAGGUCAAUGUAUUUGCCGAGAAGGAUUUGGCGGACCACGUUGUGACAUGUGUCUUCCUGGCUUCUAUGACUAUCCAGCUUGCAAGCCAUGCAACUGCUCUACACAAGGCAGCAUGGCUAUCACCUGUGACAAUACAGGCAAAUGUAACUGUCUACCCAACUUUGCCGGCAAACAAUGUACGCUCUGCAGCGCCGGUUACUACAGUUAUUCGGAGUGCUUACCUUGCAAUUGCGAUGUGCACGGUUCGGAGGGGGUCACCUGUAAUUCGGACGGACAAUGUUCGUGUUACCCGAACUUUGGCGGUAAACUGUGCGACUCCUGCAAAGAGGGUUUCUACAACUUCCCCAAUUGUGAGGAUUGCAAUUGUGAUCCGGCUGGUGUUAUUGACAAGUUUGCUGGCUGUGGUUCGGUGCCGGUCGGUGAGUUGUGUCAGUGUAAGGAACGCGUAACGGGCCGCAUUUGUAAUGAAUGUAAGCCGCUAUAUUGGAACUUGAAUAUCAGCAAUCCAGCUGGUUGUGAAGUGUGCGAUUGUUGGAUCGAUGGUACGAUUGCAGCAUUGGAUACUUGCUUCUCGAAGACGGGACAAUGUACAUGUAAGCCACAUACACAAGGACGCACUUGCAGGGAAUGUAAGGACGGUACUUAUGAUUUGGAUGGCUCAUCGCUGUUUGGUUGUAAGGACUGUAGCUGUGAUGUCGGCGGUUCGGAGCAUAGCGAGUGUGACAAGUCCUCAGGUCAAUGUAAAUGUCAUCCACGUGUAACGGGACGUGGUUGCACACAACCACUGACAACACAUUACUUCCCCACAUUACAUCAAUUCCAAUAUGAAUAUGAGGAUGGCGCACAACCAUCGGGUGCGCAGGUACGCUAUCAAUACGACGAGAAUGUGUUCCCCGGCUUCAGCAGCAAAGGUUAUGCCGUUUUCAAUGAUAUACAAAAUGAAGUGCGUAAUGAGUUUAUGGUAAAGAAAUCCUCGUUAUAUCGCAUCGUUAUACGUUAUGUGAAUCAAAAUCCAUUCAAUGUUACGGCGAGCAUACUUAUACAAUCGGAAAAUCCACUCGAAGUAGACCAGAGUGUCAAAGUACUCUUGCGUCCAACGACGUCUCCGCAGUUCGUUACAGUCUCCGGUGUGAAAGGCAACAAACCCUCACCAGUCGUUUUGGAUCCCGGCUCUCGUUACACCUUCACUACUAAAACGAACAAGAAUGUCAUGCUCGAUUAUUUCGUGCUGCUGCCAGCUGCUUACUAUGAAGCUUCCAUUUUAACACGCAAAAUCACGAAUCCCUGCGAAUUGGGCAAUAUGGAGCUUUGCCGUCAUUAUAAAUAUGCUUCCGUUAAUGACUUUCAACCAUCCACAACACCAUUUAUUGCCGGCGCUUAUGACAAACCCAACAUACCUACCGAAGUUUACGACAAUUCUGAACAUUUGGCCAUUAUCGGCCAUGUUGGUGAUAUACCUGUCAUCAGCGGCACACAGCGUCAAUUGAACUACAUGGUCGAUGUACCGCACAGUGGCCGUUACAUAUUUGUUAUCGAUUAUGUCAGUACGCGCGAGUUUCCCGAACCAUAUUUCAUCAAGUUAAGCUUGGGUGAAAAUGAAACAGAUUAUGGUACAACUACCUUGUAUCCCUGCCUAUAUUCGAUGGCCUGCCGCACGCCAAUAAUCGAUGAUUAUAGUCGCGAGAAAGCAUUCUAUAUCUCCAAGGGUGACCAAAAACCGGUCAUUGUUACGAGUGACUAUGAUGAUAUUGGACGCGUUGCAAUAAUAUCUGUUACCGCUAUUCCAGUCGAUAAGUGGUCCAUAGAUUACAUCGAACCCAGUCCGGUUUGUGUUACACACAAUAAUCAAUGUGCCGCACCGAAAUUCCGUUCCGUGCCCGAUUCGAAAAAAAUUGAAUUCGAAACUGAUCAUGAAGAUCGCAUUGCCGAAAAUAAACCCCCAUAUGCCGCGCUGGAUGAACGUGUUAAACUGGUAUAUUUGGAUAAUAAGGAAGAUACGAGCACAAUAGUUAUUGAGUCGAAGGUAGGCGAACCUGGCCGCUACGUCAUUUUGGUUAAAUACUAUCAGCCGCAUCAUCCCAAAUACAACGUACUCUACACACUGACCACUGCCAAAAAUCAAUACAGCGGUAAAUUCGAUAUUAGCCAUUGCCCAUCCAGUUCAGGCUGUCGUGGUGUUAUACAUCCUACCGGUGAAGAUUGGUGGUUCGAUAUUGAAGAUGACUUUAAAUUUACGUUAACGAACACACGCCCACAAGGAGUCUGGCUGGACUAUUUAGUAAUCGUGCCAAUAAAUCAGUAUAAUGAAGAUCUGCUCGUGGAAGAAUUAUUUGACCAGACCAAGGAGUUCAUUAAGGAGUGUGGCCAAGAUCAUUUCCACAUCACACACAACGCAUCAGAGUUCUGUAAGAAGGCCGUAUUUUCCUUGACAGCCGAGCACAAUAUUGGCGCUUUACCUUGCAACUGUGACUACGAAGGUUCUAUCAGCUUUGAGUGUCAUCCUUUCGGCGGUCAAUGUCAGUGCAAAGCAAAUGUUAUCGGCCGGCAAUGUAAUGCUUGUCGUACCGGUUUCUAUGGCUUCCCUGAAUGUAAGCCUUGUGACUGUCCCAGCACUGCAAUGUGCGAACCGAACACGGGCGAAUGCGUUUGCCCGCCGAAUGUGAUGGGUGAGAUGUGUGAAAAGUGCGUGCCCAAUACAUAUGGUUUCCAUCAGAUAAUCGGUUGUGAAGAUUGUAAUUGCAAUUAUUUGGGUAUUGCUAAUGGUAAUCAACAGUGUGACAUGUUCAAUGGUUCCUGCGAGUGUCGUCAACAUAUUGAGGGUCGUGCUUGUGAUAUGUGUUCGAAUGGUUACUACGAUUUUCCACGUUGUGAUCAUUGUACCUGCAAUACGGCUGGAACUCUGGCGGAAAUUUGCGAUAAAGUCGAUGGCAGCUGUUUUUGUAAGAGUAACGUUGUGGGCCGCGACUGUGAGCAGUGUCAAGAGGGCACAUACAACUUGCAGGAAAGCAAUCCAGAUGGUUGUACGUCUUGUUUCUGCUUUGGUCGAACGACACGUUGCGAGAGUGCCUAUCUGCGUAUUUACAAUUUGAGCUUGCUGAAAAAUAUCACUUUGAAUUCAGCGCACUUUGGUGAGAAUACCAUUGAUUUCCAAAUUUGGGAUAUACCACAAGAAGAGCUAAUGGUGAAUGAGACCACAUUGAAGGCAGAUUUCUCAUUUCAUGAAGUCAAUGACGUAGAGGCUGAGGAAGUUGUCUAUUUCGGCGUACUAGAUUAUCUAAUGAAUCAAAAUAGUCACAUCUCUGCUUAUGGUGGGGAGCUCGCUUAUUCGCUGUACUACACUACCGGCUUGUCGGGUAAACCAUUGCUUGCACCCGAUGUAGUUCUGUUGAGUAAGGAUCAUUUAUUGGUACACCAGAGUUAUGAACAACCUUCGAGCAAUCAGGCAUUCAGAAAUCGUGUGCAAAUGGUAGAGUCUAACUUCCAAACACACGAUGGCAAACCUGUGACACGUGCUGACUUUAUGAUGGCUUUGCGUGAUCUCAAGAUGAUCUUCAUACGUGCCAAUUACUGGGAGCAAACAUUUAUUUCAUAUUUAUCCGAUCCAUAUUUGACGCUGGCCGAUGAGGAUGAAGAUAGUAUCGGCGAAUAUCAAUUAUUGCCUGUAGAACGCUGUAACUGUCCACCCGGUUACACCGGUUUGUCCUGUGAAGAUUGUGCGCCGGGCUAUUAUCGCGACUCUAACGGUCCUUAUGGCGGUUACUGCAUACCCUGCGAGUGUAACGGUCAUGCACAAACAUGUGAUUGUGCAACGGGCAUUUGCAAAGAUUGUCAACAUUCAACGACUGGUGAACACUGUGAGCUCUGUCAGGAGGGUUACUAUGGUAAUGCCACAUAUGGUUCACCACAUGAUUGCAUGAUUUGUGCAUGUCCACUGCCUUAUGAGAGCAAUAACUUUGCAACCAGCUGUGAGAUUUCCGAAUCUGGUGAUGAGAUACAUUGUGAGUGCAAACCGGGAUAUACAGGACCACGUUGUGAAGCAUGUGCUAACGGUUACUAUGGCGAACCUGAAAAGGCAGGCGAUUACUGUAAACCUUGUGAAUGUUCGGGUAAUAUCAACCCCGCCGAACCGGGUUCGUGUGAUACUAUAACCGGUGUGUGUCUACUUUGCUUGAAUAAUACUUCUGGCGUGGCAUGCAACCUAUGCAAACCUGGCUUUUAUGGUGACGCGGUAAACUUGAAAAAUUGCCAAAGCUGUGAUUGCGAAGAUUUGGGCACAUUCGAGUGUGAUCCCUAUGAGGGUAAAUGUCGUUGUCAUGACAAUGUGAUCGGCGAGCGUUGUGACCAGUGUAAACCUGAUCAUUAUGGCUAUGACUCAGGACUAGGUUGUCGUGCUUGCGACUGUGGUGUAUCUUCCAAUUCAACACAGUGCGAUGCACAUACUGGAAAGUGUAUUUGCAAGCCAGGUGUGACAGGUCGUCAAUGCGAUCACUGCGCUGUGGAUCAUUGGAAUUAUACAAACGAAGGUUGCCAACCUUGUCGUUGCAAUCAGGGUUAUUCGCGUGGCUUUGGCUGUAAUCCGUUUACGGGUCAAUGUGAAUGUUUGCCAGGUGUUAUCGGUGAUCGUUGUGAUGCUUGUCCAAAUCGUUGGGUGCUCAUUAAGGACGAAGGCUGCUUCCAGUGUGACUCCUGUCACGAUGCUCUGUUGGAUGUGACCGAUCGACUACGCUACCAGAUCGAUCCAGUGGUGAAAGAGUUCCAAUCAGUUGCGUUAGCCUUCUUCACUAGUCAAAAAUUAAACUACUAUGAUGAAUUGGCUGAUAAAAUUGCGCCAGAAGUGCAAAAUCUGGACCCGAAACGCAUCAAUUUGGACCCGGCGCGCUCUUUGGUCGCUGAAAUAGAAUCAGGCGCAAAGACUUACGGUAAACAGGUGAACUUUAGUUUGAGCAAUGCUUUAGAAAGUCGUCAAAUUGCCAGCGAACUGAUAGUGAAUGCAACUGAUUUGCGCGAAAAGGCUAAGGCGAGUGCUUUAGAGGCUCAAGAUGCUAUAAAUUCAGUCGAUGCGCUCUCAAAGAAUCUAGAAACGGCAGCAAGUACAAAAAUUGAUGCCGCAUUAGAGGAGGCUCAACGUAUAUUAAAAAAUCUGAAUGACACGAAAAUUGAUACUACACCCACUCAACAGAUCUUGAACAAAUCUAAUGAGCUUUACACUGAGAUUGAUAUACUUGUGGCGCCAAUUAAGAAUCAAAAUGAUGUACUGACUUUGCUGAAGGAUGAUAUUGGGUAUUUAAGCGAUAAACUCGAAGACCUCUACUACUGGAGUGGUAAUGCUACACAAAAUGCAAUCCAAGUGGAUCGCUUGAACAAUUUGAAUAAAGCUGCUUUUGAUAAUUCCAAAUUCGAUACUGUUUCUGAUCAACAAAAAGAAGCUGACACGCAUAUUGAGGAGGCUGGCAAAUACUUUGUGAAUAUUGACUUGGCUCUAAUUGAUAUCGACAAGAGAAUCAAUCAGCUCUCCAGUGUACUCUCCGAUUUGAAGGAUAUUAACAAAAAUGUUGAGGAAGAUUUUCCAGAGAUGGAAAAAGAGAAUAGCGAGGUAACUGAACUGGCUGCACAGGCUAUACGACGUGCUGAUGAACUGAGCUCACACGCUCACGACCUCACUGAUCAAUACGCACAGAUGACAGCUAAUGCUGAGCCGGCAAUAAAGGCGGCUACCGCUUACAGUGGCAUUGUAGACGCAGUCUCUUCAGCACACCAAUUUACGAAAGAAGCCAAACUCGCUGCCGGCAACGCCACGGAGAUCACUGAUGGCAUCGAAGAUCGUGCUGGGCGCGCUGGCAAGGACUCCGGUGAAUUGUUACAAAAUGCGCGUGGCGCCUUGAAUAAAGUCCAAAGUGAGCUGGAGCCACGUUUGAAUGUUUCCGCUGCGAAAGUAGAAAAUAUCUCGAAUUUGAAUAAGAAAACAGAAAAACGUCUGGAGGAGAUAAAUAUUGCAUUGCAACAGUUGCCAGUCGAAACACAACAUGAUCUAUGGAACAAUGCCAAUCAGAAUGCUACGGAAGCGCUGAACAUAAUUGAAGAUGUGCUCGAUAUAUUACGUCCUGUGGGUUUACAAAGCGAGAAGGAGUUGGAGAAGGCACGAAAUAUAUCAAGAGACAUCGAUGCAACGACAAAAGAUAUCUCACAAGCGAGCUCGCAAUUAGACACCGUCGAAGACACCAUACCGCAGCUGAAUAAAUUAGCGCAAAUUAUCGAGCUAGAGCAGGCAAAUGUCGAGGAGGUCGGCCAGUUGUUGGGUGAAGAUAUUGAGAACUUGAAACGACAAAUUGAAACUGCACGCCAAAUCGCCAAUGCCAUUAAAGUGGGCGUACGCUUCUCGCCAGGUACAGUUUUGGAACUGAAAACACCCGAAACCACGCCACUAUUGGCAACCAAAACCAAAGCUUCAGCAUACUUUAAGACCGAGAAACCCAACGGUUUCUUAAUGUACUUGGGCAAUCAUAAUAGAACCUCAUCGGCUGGCAGUAUACCCGCCAAUAAAGACAACGAAGACUUCAUGGCUGUAGAAAUCGUAAAUGGCUAUCCAAUCUUGACAAUGGAUGUGGGCAAUGGACCUGAGCGUAUUACAAAUGAGAAAUAUGUUGCCGACGGCAAUUGGUAUCAGGCAAUUGUGGAUCGCACAGGAUCAAAUGCUAAACUAAUAAUACGCGAAGAAUUGGAGAACGGCACCGUAGUUGAGCAUAAGAAGGAACAACCAUUGUUGGGCGCUAAUAAUGUGUUCAAUGUUGAUCGCAAUAGUCGCUUGUUCGUUGGCGGUCUGCCACCACCAGCUGACUUUACGCCACCACAUGACAUACAGAGUAACGCCUUUGAGGGUGAAAUCGAAGAUCUGCGAAUAGGCGAUGAACAUGCUGGCCUGUGGAACUUCGUUUUCGGUUUAGAGAACAACCAAGGCGCACAACCGCGUAAUAAAUUGUUAACCGAAGAGAUACCACCAACGGGUUAUCGUUUUAAUGGCAAUGGCUACGUUGCACUCAAAGCCUCGCCAUAUAAUCUGCGCGCUCGUUCCAGCAUACAAUUCAGUUUCAAGGCUUCAAAGGACUCCAAAGACGGUUUGCUAUUCUACUAUGGACGCAAUGAUCAAUUUAUGUCGGUGGAGCUGGUGAACGGUUUAGUGUUCUUCCGUUAUAAACUGGGCGAUCACGUUAUGUCGACGGGUACACAAGAUCUAUACAACGAUGACAAAUGGCAUCGUGUCGUAGCCGAACGUGAUGGCAGACGUGGUCAGUUGAAGGUAGACGACAUGAUGUUGGCACAAGAAGAUAUACCCACUGGUCCAACGGAAUUCAAUCCAAUACCAAAACGUCUAUUCUUUGGUGGUUUCCCCGGCAAACGUAAUCAUUCGGUUGUUACUGAACAUAACUUUGAUGGCUGCAUUGAUGAGGUGUCGAUUUCGGGUACAAAGGUGGAUCUGGGCAAUAAUGUGCAUGCACAUGGCGUUAAACCUGGCUGCCCGAAGAAAUUCUCAACUGUGCUGGCAUAUCCCCCCAACGAAUAUGGUUUCUUGCGUAAAGCCAAUGUCACGUCCAAUAAUAAGUUGAAUGCUAAUCUGAAGUUCAAGACCCGUCAACGCGAUGCUCUGAUCUUCUAUGGUGCCAAUCAUGAUCAGAGCGCGAAUAUAGGUCUCACACUGAACGAUGGUUAUUUAACCUUGCGUAGUAUGGGCGCUGAAGUUGUGUCGGAUAUGAAACGGUUGAACGAUGGUGAGGAACAUGUGGUAACCGUGCAGCAUGACGGCGAUCAAUUGCGUUUAUCCAUAGAUGAUACGGAAGAUAAGCGUUUACCCUACACACCGGAAGCCUUAAAUAUACAAGCAGGUGAUAUAUUCUUUGCUGGAUUACCAGAUAAUUAUAGACCAGUGCGAAAUGCACUGCCUACCAUGGCGUACUUUGUGGGCUGCAUUAGUGAUGUGACCAUCAACGGUGAGAUAGUCAAUUUCGCCGACAGCGCUGAGAAACGCAAAGGCAAUAUCAAUAAUUGUCCAACAGACAUUUUAGCUUAUGAUGUUGGGGCAAUACCAUUGUUCUUCCCAGAAGGUGCGAAUGAGCUAUUGCCUGAGCCAGAGUACCCAGGUAACUUUGCAGUACCGUUGGCGCCUACGAAAGCGCCUAUUACUACGACAACGACAUCUCGUCCAGUUGUAGUGGUUACAACAACAAGCACUACGAUAAAAUCAACGAAAGAACCGCCUACGCAAAGUCCGCCGAUUAUUGCGACACGAGAAGAAGAACUGGAACAAGAGCGACAGCGAGAACGGGAGAGAGAGCAAGAGCGUGAACGAGAAAGAGAACGGGAACGGGAGCGCGAACGAGAAAGAGAAAGGGAACAAGAAGAAAAGAUGAAGCCAAUACCAGAACCUGAAUCCGAACCCGAAUCGAAACCAGAAGAACCGUUGCAACCUUUAGGUCCAUUGCAUCCAUUGCCACCACAAAAUGUGCCAGAAGAUCCACGUUGCAAGCUCCCCACAAAUCCAAACUUCGAUGUCGAUUACGAUGAUGCUGGCUACCGUUAUUAUGCAUUGCGUGAGCAGCGUCUGGAAAUAUCACCGCCAACGAAGCUCCGGAAACAAUACGAUAUUAGUCUGAAUUUCAAGACUGCCUACCCCGUCGGUUUACUCUUCUAUGCGGGCAUUAAACAGCAACCCGACUAUAUAGCAAUUUAUCUGUGGGAGGGUAAAUUGCAUCAUCAAGUGCAAAUUGGAGGACAGGUGGCGAAUGUCACCAGCAAAGCGGAAGUGAGCGACAAUGAAUGGCAUAACGUUAAGGUGACACGCAAACACCAUACUAUAAGCCUCUUCAUCGAUCAAAUUGAAGUAGAUUCAAUUACUGAAACGGUGGAGGAUAAUUAUGAGUUGAAUGUGCGAAACAUGGCACUCUUCCUUGGCGGUGUGCCAAAACUCUGGGAGGCUGAAGUUUUCGACAGAAUCGAUUAUGUUGUAGAAGAUCAACCCUUCUAUAAUGGUUGUCUGAAAGAACUGCGGCUCAAUGAUGUGAAUCUGAAAAAAGAACCGGAAGCAUACCAUACAGUGCCCUGUUCAACAGAAGUCGAACAAGGUUUCUUCUUUAGCAAACAGGCGAGCUACGUGAAGCUUUUCGAACGUUUCACCGUCGGCACUGAUUUCAAUAUCAAUUUCGAUAUCCGUCCACGCGAGCCGGACGGUUUGCUCUUCUCUGUGCAUGGCAAAAAUGCAUAUAUGAUCCUGGAGUUGAUCGACAAUAGUCUAGUGUUCACCGUGAAAUCCGACUCGAAAAAUAUUGUCACUACCAAUUAUACGCUACCCGAUAACGGUAGUUAUUGUGAUGGUAAGUGGCGUAAUGUGCAAGCGGUGAAAUCCAAAUUCGUCAUUACGAUUUCGGUGGAUUACAUCAGCACAAAUCCGGGUGUUGGCUCAGAGGGUUCGACGCUGACGAAGACAAAUCGUCCGCUCUUCUUGGGCGGUCAUAUUGCUUUCAAUAAGGCGCCAGGCUUGAAGACGAAGAAAACUUUCAAGGGUUGCAUACGCAAUGUUCAAGUGAACAGGAAGGCGGUGCGCAUUACACCGAAAAUGAUACAUGGCGACAUCUGGCAAGGCGCUUGCCCUAUUAAUUAGUCAUGUUAUUUCUUAUACUAAUAACAAAAACAAUAAAGCAAAAACGAACAAAAAUGUUGACGACCGAAAGUUGCUGUAUUCCCACGAGCCUCAAACCUCAGUGGUUUGUGAGAUGUCUUACAGUAAACUCGUUUUUAUUUUGACUCUUCUGUUUUAUGAUUUCUUCAUUUUCUUUUACAUUUAAAUCUUUACUUUCACAUAAUCUAUUACUCUCCUUGCAGUCUAUUUUUUCUUAUGCUAGCGCCUGUUUUAUAAAGAACAAGGUCUGGUGUAUUCUUAAUCUUAUUUUUUAAACUUAUCUAAUCAAUGUGUUCUUGCUUUUUAUGUAAAUUCGAUAAAUAAUUUUUAAUAAAGUUUCAUAUUUGUAUACGCAAAA